AUGUUUCAUGUGAUCACCUCCGUUGAGAAUGAAAAAUCUGGACCUUCCAUACCCCUAUUCAAUAUUAAUCAACUACUACAAGCAAUGCUUAGUAUAUCUCAUGGAUUGAUGAAAAAAUUAAAGAAGGAAAUGGUGUUUUUUCACGAAGAGCAACAAUUAUCUCGUGUACGUCAAACACCCUAUAUGCUAGGUAUAAUGGAUCCACGUCGUUUUACUCUAACGCAAAUUGCUUCAGAAGCUUGGGAUAGUAAAGUCGUCGAAUAUGAUGAAGACGAUGAGACGGCGACAAGUGGUGCAGGAAGCUUUACACAAAGACGAAGAAGAGCUCGACGUGAUCUUAAUUCAUUGCCAGAAAAAGUAUUACUUUAUAUAUUUUCGUUUUUACCGCAUCAAGAAUUAAUUCGGUGUGCACGUGUAUGUCGUUUUUGGAGACAAUUAACUCAAAACUCUAAAUUAUGGAAAACUGUGUUUCUACGUCCAGAAUAUAAUGGAUUACAUGUGAAAAAUAUUGAUCAAUUUUUAACAUUGGUUGGCCAUCGUUUUUCAUUGUCUCUACAAUACAUUGAAUUACCAAUGGAAUUGAUAACGGCUGAUGUUCUACACGAAUUGGCUAAUCGAUGUCCAAAUUUAAAAUAUAUGACAUUAGAUUUUUCAACUGCCAUGCAAUUACAUGAUUUCAAUGAUCUCAAUGCAUUUCCAUGUAAUUUAAAAAUGUUAUGCAUUUGUCUAUCAGAAGUGAUUUUCUUAGAAGGUUUUAUGAGACGAAUUUACACAUUUUUAUCGUCAUUGGAAAUACUUCAUGUUAUUGGAACAAUUGAAAAAUCAAAUGAAUUGGAGGAAGAAGUAUACGAAACGAUUAAUAUAAGUAAAAUAAAAGCUCAUACACCAAAUUUACGUGUAAUCAAUUUUUAUGGAAUUUACUUUGUCGAUGAUAAUCAUAUUGAAAUAAUAGCAUCCGGUUGUAUACAUCUUGAAUGUUUAGCGUUAAAUUUUUGUACAAGAGUGAAAGGAACAAGCUUCAAGAACCUAUUACUACGAUGUAAAAAAAUGCAAUGUCUUCUUUUACAGAACACAGGUAUCGAAGAUAAUGGUAUAUUAUCGGCUGAAUGGGAAUCAUCAUACAUCAAUGAACUUGAUAUAUCAUCAACAGAACUAACACAACAAUGUUUAUUAGAUUUAUUUUCUCGUUUACCAAAAUUGACUUAUUUAGCUGUGCCAAAUUGUGAUGGUUUUACGGACAAAGUAUUAGAACUAUUGAUUGAUCAAGGAAAAUUAUCGAAUGCACGUGCUAUUGAUUUAAGCAAUACAGUGAAUUUAAAUUUUGAAGUCGUUUUUACUUUAUUAAAACGUCAUGGAAGACAUCUUCAAGGAAUUUGUUAUGCAGGAAAUCCAAAAGUAACCGAACAAUUUUGGACCAAUACAAUUAAACAUAUGAAAAAUAUAAAAAUAAUGGUUAUGGGUACGGCAAAUGGAUGGUUUAAAAAAAUUUCGACAAGAAUUCAUGUCGAUCAAAUAUUGGAAGCAUGUGCAAUUGAUUGUCAAAAAUUAGAACGUUUGGAAAUUCAAUGGGAUGAAGAAACAUUAAGAUGGAAUGAAAAUAGUAGUAAAUUUAUUGAUCAUAUUAGAAUUCGUUGUACAAAAUUACAAUCAUUGGUUUUGUCUGAUGGUGAAUAUUAUGAAGUUGUUAAAUCAAAUUUUGAACGAGCUGAUCGAAAUCGUGUUGUAAGAACAACUACAGCAUAUCAAACAUCAAUUGUUAGUCUACUUCAUUACUAUAAUGAAUUACGAUUUAACUAA